GUCGUAAGCAGGCUGUUAUCUCACACCAUCUGAAGUGAAAGAGCAUGCUUGCACCCGUAGAUCUUGACGACACCGGACCAGGCUGUGGGGAUGGCUCCUUUCGUCCGCAAGAGCUGUUUUGUUGAGGGCCUCGGGGAGCCGUCGAUGCCGGCCAAGAUAGUAGUUGCCUGCUAUAAGUAGCCCUUCCCUGGCCGCCAUCAAAGUUGAAUUGCCUCCUCAUCACACAGCAACCAGAAACCUGACCUCACUAUCAAAAACCAUCGUAGCCACGACACCCGCCACCACGAUGUUGCCAAGCGUCGCCUUGGCUCUCUGCAGCUUGCUGGGAUUCAUCGGAUGGGACCUCCUUACCGACCUCAACAACCCCAACAGCGCCACCGUCUCGGUCUUUGGCACAAUUCAAGAAGCUGUGGCCCAGAUGGAGGCCCAGUUCCCCGGGUGGAAUGCCACUUUCCAGGCCCAGCAGCCGUCCUAUAGCACCGUCCGCUCUUUACGAUCGGGACUACUAUCUCUGCGGUGGCCGUGGGUGAAGACUGGUUGGCUGGCGGUGAAGGACGGGAUCGCGUACCUGAGAAAGGUGACUACCGCUGCCCCCAAGAACGGCCCAGGACCCAACAACUGCGGUCGUGUGGCAUGUGGAUAUAAUGCAGCAAUUUACUGGUGCAACGAUAAUGACAAGGAGAAGGAGCUCGAGUCGUGGGGUUCCAUUGCAGAUGGCGCAGAGUAUAUUUAUGGCGAAUGCACCGUCGGUGCUGAUAUCAACAGGCUGGUUGCUGGGCAAUUUUCUACAAGGAUAAGUGGAAUGUCAUUCUCACCAAGGAGUGGUGCUAGAAGAUGA